UACACUCUGGUCCUCUGUGAGAACUUGCUCCAGGAGAUGCUGUCGGGUGUUAAUGCAGAUGGCGCUCCCAUGCAGAGGCAGAGCAGGACCUGGGGCAUGAUCCCUGCAUGGAGGCACAAAAUGUCCACUUUCCUGCACAAGAAUCCCUGUCCAGAUUUGGAGGAGCUGGUUCAUCUGGCUCAUCUGUCUAACGUCAUCCCAGAUGAUGAGCUCCAGCAGGCGGGCAAGCAGAUGUCUCACAGAUGCAUGACCCUGAGGAAACUCCUGACCUCUUCAGGACCUGUGGCUGUCAGUCACCUCCAGCUGGCCUUACAGUGGCAGUAUGAGUUUUUGCGGAGGGGCCAUGUGACACACUCCUGUUCUGAUAGUCCUACAAACAGAACAGCUAAGGACUUUCAAGACCUCGUUAAAUGUGAAAGUGGUAAGGAAGCGGCCCAUCUUCUCAGAUUGUCUCCUUCAACUGCAGUUACUGGGGUGGUGUCCGCUGAGGGCAAACAUCCCUCCCUCUGCUCAUUCGACUCAGGUUUCGAUGGAGCUGGAAGCAGCCAGCUGGAGGCCUGGGGAGGGAGGGAUGGAGUGGAAGGUCUAUCUAGAUUAGCUGGGACCAGAGACUUUAUGAGACCUGUCUUGAGCCAGCCUGAAAUCCACACUGAGAAUAUCUCCCAUGUGUCAGAUUGUAAAGAUCACAAAGAGGAGUUUGACUUUGGUUCUGUGGGAAACUCCUCCAGGGCUAGCAUCCAGAUCAUCCCUAAAGUGAGUGUGGAUUCCCUCAACUUUGAGAUCAAAGUGAAGCGCUCAGCUGCGCUACCCAGUAAUCCUUGGCUUAGUUUGCCGGUAGACAAUCUGGAAAACUCGUAUAUGGUUACCAUUACACAGAACCCAACACCGCAAAAGAGAGACCUACAAUGCCAUGACCUCUCAGACCCCUGCACUAGUGCCGACCAGGCCAACAGGUCCGGAGAUCAGCCCACACAGACGGUGGUGUCGAGCAGCACACAGUCCAGAGGGCCACAGAGCAGGGACUGGAUACUACAUUCACAAAGCAGUUUGGAGGAUCCAGAGUUAAGUCCCAUUUGCAACAUCCUCUCCAGCACUAUCACAGAUGAAAGAGACAAGUCCAUCUGCACCACAGAGGGGAUUCCCACUCUUCUCUGGGAUUCUUAUGACCUCCAUGACCAGAAUCAGGAUUCUGUUGAUGGCUUGAUUGAUAUCUCUCCGAAUGACUGGGAUGAAAAGGAGCAGGAAGGUUUGAGGGAGGUGGAGAAAAUCCUGGACAGGGCUGAUGAAAUACUGGAGAAAGAAGAAAAUGUUCUGGCUCAGGAGGCCGUGCUGGAUGCUCUGCUGAGGUCUGAGGACAGGUACAGUCGGUGGCCACUGUGGGACAGUGAGGACCAGCUCGGUGCGAUGUCAUCCAGUGAGCUGGCCGAGGCUGGUGUUCUUGGCCUCGAGGACUACCUCGUCCCUGCAGAAUCUGACAACCUCAGUGAAUCCAGAUCAACUGCAUCACAAAGUGAAACUAAGGCUUCUGGUGACGCGGGGGACUACACUCAAACUGCCACAGGAGCAGAUACGGUAGCAUUUCCCAGCCAUCCAGACCUUCUAACGGAGCUAAGAAAAGUCCACAUCCUGGAUGAGCUGAUCAUGGAGGAGCACCGGAAGAUCCACGAGCUCCAGUGCCACAAAGAAAAGCCCAACGAGGACCUCUGUGGGAGCAAACAUUUGGAUACAAACAGGCUGCCAAAUAUUAGCAAAGAGAGGGAGGCAUUUCGGUUACAAUUGGAAAAAGAGAAAAGUGAGGUGGAUAAGCUUGAGAAGAGUUUGCUCAAAGAGAGCAAAGGGAAGAAGCAAAAGGACAGAGCUAGAAAGGUUGUUAAAUGUUCUAUAAUGGAGAAAGCUGGAAGUGAGAUUAAGGAGGACCGAGCGCUCUGUGAAGAGCUUUUAUCAGGUAGCAAUAACAAAUCACACAGAACACAUUCAGAAUAUGUGAUCCACAGUCAUUCUCAAGCUCAGGAUACCUGUGAGACUGAACAUAUUCAGGCAGAUUUGGGUCCUGAUGUUAUCAAAGAGUGUACACCCCAAGGCUUGGUUCCACUUCCAGAACUUCCAGAUUCCCAAUAUGAAGAUCAUUGCUCUGAAGCUGAGCCAUCAGUGUUUAAUAGAACUACAUUAAUUACUACCUCUGAUUUGAUGGAACCUCCUGAAGAGGUGGUAAUCCAACCUCAGGGAUGUGUCUAUGAAAAAGAGUUUGACAGAUCUGGUGAAAAUGCCACCAUAUGCAAACCAGAAGCUUCUCUAACCCUUGAAAUGAGGCCAGAUGAUGGAGCUUUUGACCCAGGUGGAAAAACACACCUUCCUCCUGUGCCUAAGCCGAGAAAGACUUCCCUUCCUGUGAACUACAACCCCACAGAACACGAAACUCCUCAUUCCACAGAGCUGCAGAUUCCAGCUCUGUCCUCAGCUUCUCAAAAUCCUGGUAUUGUGCAACUUGAUCUACAAGAUGAGCCACUUGAUGAGCCACUGCCAGAGACUGUGACCUCAGUCAUCAGCCACAGUCUGGUCCUAAAUGCCAAUGUGAAGGAACACAGCAACAACAACAAUAAUAACCACGUGUCCCCAGAGAAAUGUGACCUGCCAUUAGUCCACUUGUCUGAAAUAACCAGUAAAGAUGAAGAGGAUCACUCAGUGGUACCUGCAUGUUUGCUACAGACAGAUUUAGACCCAGCAGAGAAAAUCCAGACUUUAUCUCCUGUAGAUGAGUGUCCACAUCAACAGUCAGAACCUCCUGUCCAGUCUCUGGACUUUGACCCCAGUGGAAGAGAUGAGCAGUUUGAAGUCAUGCCUGAUGGUGUUCAGAGCUCUGAGGUCAUGAGGGCAUCAGGUUCUGGGUCACCUGGGAUUCAGGCCCAGCUUAACAUCAACAUGAGAGAGAUGACAGAUUUCAAGACCCCCAUAGUACUGGAUACAGGGUCUGGUCUGAUGAAAGCAGGAUUUGUAGAUCAAGACCUCCCAAACAUUAUAUUCCCAACAAUUAUUGGGACGCCGAAAUAUGAGGAAAUAAUGAAUGGUAACCUUGAAAGGGAGGUCUACAUUGGACAUGAGGCUCAGCACAUGAGAGGGGUCCUGGCUCUGAAGCAUCCCAUAAAGAACGGGAUCAUUCGUAACUGGGAUGAAAUGGAAAAGAUUUGGCAUCACACGUUCCAGCAGCUGUGUGUGGAUCCAGAGGAGCACCCUGUUCUCCUGACUGAGGCGGCCAUGAACCCCUCGGAGAACCGUCAGCGCAUGGUGGAAACCAUGUUUGAGUGCUUCAACGUUCCCUUCACCUACGUGGCCAUGCAAGCUGUGCUGGCACUUUACUCAACAGGGAGAUCCAGUGGUGUGGUGUUUGACUCUGGAGAUGGAGUGAGCCACAGUGUACCUGUGUUUGAGGGAUACUGUCUACCUCAUGCAGUGCAGCGCUUCCCUCUGGCUGGUGUAGAUGUUACACUGCAUCUUACAAAGCUUCUGCAGGAACAAGGAGUGUGCAUGCGCACCACAGCAGAGAUGGAAAUAGUGAGGGAGAUGAAGGAGAAGUGCUGCUAUGUGGCACUCAACUAUGAAGAUGAGCUGAGUCCGGUGGGGUCGUCCUGCAGAGAGAUGCAUUACACCAUGCCAGAUGGACAGAUCGUCACUCUCAGCACGGAGAGGUUCAGGGCCCCUGAGAUCCUCUUUAAACCAGAGCUGAUUGGACGGGACCAUUAUGGGAUGCACGAGAGCAUCUUCAAGUCAAUCCUCAGCUCAGACAUUGACCUGCGGCGCUGCUUCCUGGGAAACAUUGUACUUUCAGGUGGGAACACUCUGCUGGCUGGCCUGCCUGAGCGCCUCCAGGCUGAAAUGAAAGGUCUGGUUCCCACCCACAUGGGGGAGAGUGUUCGCGUCACCAGCCCAAAGGACAGAGACUUCUCAGUGUGGAGCGGAGGCGCUGUGCUGGCGAACCUGCCCACCUUCAGCUCUGCAUGGAUCAGUCAUGAAGAGUAUGAGGAGUAUGGACCGCAGAUCGUCUUCAGGAAGUGCUUCUGAGGGGACUACUGUAAGGUUUGGACGCCAGACUCCAAGAAUGAAUUUUAUUUAACCAAGUGCAAUAUACCUACAGCUGGAAUACAGUGCCAUGGCUUGGUCCUUGUUCAAACACUUUGUCUUUUAAAUGUAGUGGUGAGUUUUUCUUGGUGGGCUCUUACUUGACACCAGUAGGUUUCUGUUGACCUGCUGCAUGCUUAACGCGUUUCCUAGUGAGAUCCACCAUCAUGGCAAGGAUGUCUAUCGUGUCCAUCCUGUCUAUCAAUGUCAUUGUCCCUCAAUAACCUUAACUGUGUCUUAUGUUUCUCAUUUUAGCAAUGUAUUUCUGUGUCGUGUGAAUUUAAGCGCAAGUAUAUAAAUGUUUGUGGUUAAGGGACUAGAAUUGAAGCUGGCCUUCAGUUGACGUCUGCUAAAUUUAUUUCCAGAAUAAGCCAUUGAGGACAUAAUGAAAACUCAAUAUGCUGACUAUAUAUUAAUAUUACAGUACAUAUUUAUAUAAAAUUUAAAGUAAGCAGCAUUAAAUGAUCUCUAUGAUGAAUUAUUCAGGCCCCUGUUUGGAAAGAAAAUUGUUCUCAUAACAUGACUUAGAAUAUUACUUUUGUCUUCAUAUUUUGAUGUUUGUAAUGUGACUUUUCUCCUCACAAUUACAACUUUUUGUCAUAAAAUUCCAACUUUUUUUUGUAAUGCUAUGACUUUUUUCAAAAUAUAACAAUUUUCCUUGCCUUUUUUCCCCUAGCAGUGGCCCUAAUACUCAUUAAAUAUGGUGACUCCAAAAUCAAGUAAAACAUCACUGUACAUGAAUGUUUGCUUUUGCUGCAAUAAUAUGAACUGAAGAGGAGAAAAGUAUGAAGCCUAUAUUCACAAAAUCAGUUAGCCAAGGUUUCCCACAUGUUGAUUCUCCACCUGAGUUGACCUUUGAUCAGUGAAUGUCAGAAUGUAUUUAAAUAAUGAAGUGCAUGGUUGGUGAGAAGUGAAGCACAGUAUUGGCUUUGUAUCACUUUGUUUCAGUCUGUUGAAUGAGCAGAUGUGAAAUGCUACGGCUGCAGGUACAGUGUUAGUUGUGUCAAAUUGAAAUUCUCUUAAACAUUUUUCUAUUUGAGUGCAGUGUUUUGCCACAGUUUUUCUUGUUUUCCCUAAAAUAUCUUCUGAUCUGAGAGCAGUGGUUGUGUGGAUUUCUUUUUAACACUGACACAGUAGUGUUGUAGUAGUAGUGAUGUUCUGUGGAAGGUGUGCCAAUGGUGUCAGAACGGCUGCAUUUAGUGCAUUAUCAUGAAUUCUGACAAACCCUCUGUCAACCAUGUAUAUUUAUACUUUGUAUACUUUUUUGAAAGUUUUCUCUUUUGAAUGACUUGUUUUGUUGCUUGUAAUUGAGUUGUACCAUAUUGCACGGACUGCUUUGUUUGCAUGUUUUUCUCUGUAUUUCUGAAACUGCCUCUCCAAAGGCAUGGGGUUGUCAUGUGACCUAAAGCUCAGCUCUUCAGUGGAGAUCACCGUUAAAUGUGACUGUGGGAGCGCCAUCCUGAGCCUCAUUCUGCCUUGUUUACUGGGUGUAGUUUGAAGCUAGUGGGCCAUUUUGUCUGAAUCUCUCCUUCUUAAAAUGUACUGUGACAAAAGUUUCACCA